AUAUAUUUUGUAAACCAGUUGGAAAAGCAUUUGUUCUCCCAAAAUGAAGUCCUACUCGCUAUUAACCUGUAGUGUCCUUCUUGUAGGAGUGAUAUGUGCUGUACUGGCUUUUCCAUCCCCAGAUUCAAGUGCUUCUGACGAUUCCAUUUCUGAGAGCAAAGAAGAACUAUUGCUAACCUUCCCGGAGUAUUCACUAAUUCCUCCAAACCUUUUAGAGGCCUUAUUUCCCGACUCAAGUGAUUCAAGUGACUCAAGUUCCUCAAGUGACUCAAGUUCCUUAAGUGAUUCAAGUAUUAGCGACUCAGCUUCUGAUGAAAGUGGUUCGGAACCACCUCAAGGACGCACCAUCUUCCUGCUUUUACGUCUGUUGCAACUGCUUGCCCAAACUAAUUCCACUCUUUUGGGCUAAUCGAGAAUAUAUUUGCACUCUGAAUUGGCACUCGAUUUUCUGAUUAUUGCUCUUUUUUUCUUCAAAAUUUUUUGAUAUGUCCUAAUUAAUGUUUUAAACCAAUAAAUAUAUUUAAAUAUUUCAAAUAGAAUUUAAUCAAAGAAAAAUAAAUGCUUUAAAAUUUAA